CAUUUUCUGAUUUGUUUAGUUGCCGCGACCAUCUGAGUCCAACGACAACGCAUUGACAACGCAUGUGAACUGAUUAUUUGAAAUUAUAUUGUCAGCUGUCCGUGACCAAAAAUAUAUAUGUGUCAGUGAUUUGAUUUUUGUUUAAAGUUGGGACAAACAAAAAAUAAAUAAAAAGUUAAAAAAAAGUGUUCUUUUUUUUUUUUUUUUAAUAAAAAAAUAUUUUAACGAACAAAAAAAAAAUUUAAUGUAAUCUUUACACGUCAACAUAUUUUUUUUUUCUUUUUAAAUGUUUUAAAAUGUGCCUCAAACUCAUUCAAGGUCUUCUCACUUAGAAAUGUGUCGAAGGAGAAGAUAUAAAAUUUUGGCCUAAUGUCUGUAUGGUCGACGAGCACUGGACGAAAUUCAGUAUUUGGUGCGGAGGGUGGACCGCCCCCCUCCUCACACCUUUCAAUUCAUCCUCAACCACUUACACAUUUGCACAGCACCACCGGACACUGUUUUCACAAAAGAUUUCAUAACUGCCAGUCUAAGAUGUCACAAUCUGGAGAUGGCCUUCAUACUCCGGGAUAUCUUGCUUGGAGGAAACUUCAACUCAGCAGAGCAAAACUUAAAGCAUCGAGUAAAACUUCGGCACUUCUCUCUGGUUUUGCCAUGGUCGCCAUGGUUGAAGUGCAGUUGAACUCGGACACAAAAGUGCCAAAAGAAAUGCUGAUUGCCUUUGCCGUUUGCACCACACUUCUUGUUGCUGUUCAUAUGUUGGCAUUAAUGAUAUCAACAUGCAUUCUACCAAACAUUGAAGCAGUUUGCAAUCUUCAUAGUAUCAGUCUUGUUCAUGAAUCGCCACAUGAACGUCUUCAUUGGUAUAUUGAAGUUGCAUGGGCAUUUUCAACAUUAUUGGGACUAUUGUUAUUUCUUUUGGAAAUUGCAAUUUUAUGUUGGGUGAAAUUUUAUGAUUUUUCCGAAGUUGCCGCAUGGUCAGCGUGUAUUGUUCUUAUUCCGGUAUUAAUUAUAUUUCUUGCAUUCGCUGUUCAUUUUUAUAGAAGUCUUGUUACACAUAAAUAUGAGGUUACUGUGUCAGGUAUCAGGGAACUUGAAUUGCUUAAAGAACAAAUUGAGUUCUCAGACGCUGAAGGCGGAAGAAAUGGAGUUAAUACACUUCAAGGCAGUACCCAUAUUGUUUGAUAAAAAUUAUUUUAAAGAAAAAAAGAAAGAAAAGAAAAUGUUUUUAUCUUGUGUUUACGUUCCCGUUCUAUUCUUAGGCCUUAGACUGUGUUCACACGACUGCGUUCGAACCCAGUCAUGUGAACACAGCCUAAAGCCUAUCUAGUAUUUACGUUCCUGUUCUUAGGCCUUAGGCUGUGUUCACACGACUGCGUUCGAACCCAGUCAUGUGAACACAGCCUAAGGCCUAAGAAUAGAAACGCAAACACUAGAUAGAAAAAGACAGUAAUAUCGUCUGUUCUUUUCUAUCUGACGUUCCCCUUCUAUUCUGCUUUAUGAACGAUAAAAUUCACAAAAGCAGAGAAUUAACUUUAAAAAAAAAAUUACUUUAAAAAAAAAAUUUAUCCCUUCUUUUAAAGACUGCAUCGAUUCCAGUGAGAGGGGAAUUUCCCCACUUUUCUUUUUUUUUUUUAGAAAACAAAAACCGGAAAAAAGCGACUGCUCGAUUCGCUGAAAAUAAUAUUCGAGUUUCGAAUCUCUGUAAAUAAAAUUUCUACACAUUCCUUACAGUGCAUAGGGACUUAAAUAUUGUAUUGAAUCGAAUCUCUAUUUUAUUAUUGAUGUUUUUUUAUUAUUUUGUGUUUCUGGGCCUUUCUCCCCCCCUCCUUAUUUCUUAAGGGUACGUUUACAAGAUCGAUAUAUUGUUCUCUUCGAUACUAUCCAAUCACAAUUCUGCAAUUUCUCGAUAUAUCGAACUGUAAACUGUGCCUAAUGUUUUUUCAAGAUUCUUUUGGAAACUUGAAAUUUAACCUGUUUAUAUAAAGGCUGAUUAUCUUCUCAUAUUCGAAAAGUGAACUAGUCUUUAUAUAUUAGAUUUCAGUCGGUAGUGAAAUAUACAUCCUAACUGCCUUCCGGUUUGAUGACAUUUUAAAAAGUCGUGACACUUCUAUAAUAAAAUUAGUAAGGUGUAAAGGCCAAUUCACAAUUUCCGAAAGUCUUUCGCGAAGCUAUUGUGCAUUUGCCUUUACAUCAUACGCCACAAACUAAUUUUAUUAUAGAAGUGUCACAACUAUUCAAAAUGCCGUCAAACCGGAAGUAUAUUCAAUUUAGGUUGGUUUCCAUUGUCCCCACUCACUAUUUCGUCAACUACCGCACCCUGCUCUAGUGAAAAUUUAGUGACUAUUGUUAAAAUUAAAGGUUACUAAAGUUUCCCUAGAGCAGGGUGCGGUAGUUGACGAAAUAACGAGUGGGGAGAAUGGAAACUAACCUUUAGUUUGUAUAUUUAAUGCAAUAAUUUUUUUCUGAAAUUAAUUAUAAUAAUUAAUUAAUAAUGUUUCUAAUAAAUUAAUUAUUACAGUUAUUAAUUAGUUAUUAUUAUUGAUUAGUUGAUAAAUUUUGAUAAGCGUUAAUUGUAUAUCAAAAAAAAUAA